AUGCUGAUAGGUGACAGCACCAAAGUCCCUGGAGAGGUGAAUGGCAUCAAGAGCAGGGAAGUGACACAGAAGUCUUCAGCACAGGAUCUUGAGCCUGUUGAUGUCAGUGUUAAAGCAGAUGAGACUUGGCCAAAACUGCAAGAGCGACAUUAUGCCACAGAGUCUGAUGCUGGGGUUGAGAAUUCUUCGAUUAAUAAUGUAAAUAUUUCAUUUUCACAAGAGGAGAAUCUGUCUCUUCCAAUUCAGCCUCCUGGUGCAGUGGGCACACUGGCAAAGGAUGAAUCUGAUAAUAUAAUUUCUCUAUCUCAAACUGAGCCAGAUUCUAUUACCAUUAAACCUGUUAUUUCUGAAGCAUCCAUUAGCGAUGGCCUCAUAAAUGUUAGCUGCCCACUCAGCUCUGACCUACCCACCAACGAGGCUUAUGAUGAAAUUAAGAAGGACAAUAUGAAAGAGAAACACAAAAUGGCAGAUCAGACCUCCAUGUUGUUUCAAGAGAAUGAGAAACAAGUCGGAGAAGCAACAGUGGAUAAUCAAAAGGAAACAGCAAUCAGCAGCAAGCUGCAGACAGGAAAGACAAGCACAUCACCACAACAGAGUAAUGGACCAGAUAAAGAGGCUGUAGGGGAAACUGGAGACCUGCAGUCAUCACAUAAACAUAAAGUUCAAAAGAGUGAAGUGCCAAUAAGGGAUAUAAAGGAGGAGAGAGAAAUGAAGAGAGGAAUUGCAUCUGAAAGUGAGACAGAGACGUCUUCCUUAUCCCCCAAGAGACCUGCAGGGUCAUCUGAGGACAUGCUAUGCACUGAAGUAGAGUCUGGCAGUGAACCUCAGACUGUUUAUGAUCAGAGUUUGCGCCAAACUCCGACAGCAACUCUGGAACGCAGCGCUGACAGGGACACGGCACCAGAUUUGAGUGCAGCUCUUGGCCAAUCACUGUCCUCACCAGAUCCAAGCUGUUUUGCUCAGCAACAGGAGCAACAGCAGCAGCGUCUGGGAUCCAGACAUCCCACAGAGGAAUUGUCAGGUGGCUGUCUAGAGGGGGUAGAAAAGACUAACAGUCAGGCCCAAACACUGGUUCCAGGGGUACAAGUGGGGGCAGACAAAGGAGACGGCUCUGUUGGGAGUUUGUGUCAGUCAGGAAGCAGGGAUGAGUCGACACGUGAUGACAGCAGAGGCAGUGAACGAAUGAUAGGUGUAGAGAAAAGAGACGGAGAGGGAGCACAAGCUGCGAAAGGGGUUGACAAGAUUUAUGUGCCAUCUCACAUCGGCAACGACUUAAAUCAGAGUGGAAAGGCUGCUGAGAGAAAUGCCUCAGCUGACAUAGUGAUAGUAACAACUUGCUCUGAUGUUAGUGAAAGAGGACAGGCGAUGGAUGAGAAUAAAAGCCCUGGGCUAGGGGGGGUUGGUUCAAAUGCAGAUUUGAUGCUAGGCACUGAGUUUGAGAGUGGUAUGAGCGGUAAAGGUCAACAAAAAAGCAAACUAUCAGGUGCACGUCAAGACCAACAUGGAAAACUUGAGACCUCAGCAAACACUGCUGUAUCUGUUGAGUCUGCGUCACAGGGACAUGAGAUUUCACCUUUCCAAAUCUCUGUUUCAUCAAAGGUUAGCACAGAUAGUCAAGACAUUCAUACAGAAGUUAUUUCAAGUGCAAACCAGGCUGAAGAAAUUCACACAAAAAUAUUCAGCGCCCUGCCAGAUUCUGUUGGGCAACCAGAAACUGUCGAAAAGGAUUUUAGUGCUGCCAUGGCUGUGAAAAGUAACAGUGGUGAAACUGAGGAGUGUGAAUUUCUGCCUCUUGAGCUACAAAGCUCCAAUAAAACCUCAGCCACACAAAGCAGCCCAGUAGUACAAACACCCAUAAAAGGCCCUGAUGUAGAGGAGAUCACAGGGGAAGAUAAAGCAGCUUUGGAUGAAGAGAAAACUAGUAGCCAGGGGAAGGGACAAAAUGAGAUAAAAGUGAUAAACAGUGAAGCAACAGAGAAACGGGGGGUUGUAAAUCAAACUCUGGAAGCUAAAGACAGUGGCUCAGAAUCAGUUAAAACUUCAGACCCCUGUGAAAGUGGGGUGUCACACAGCAGCACAGAGACCGCUGAUUGUCAUUCUGAUGAGGGAGGCAUUGCUCUCUCAAAGGCAACAGAAAAUGACAAUGAUAUAACAGAUAAAAUAACUCCUGAUGUUAUCACAGACCCAACGGUUGUUUCAUCAAAGUGCCCAGAAGAUUUUGCAUCACUCCAUCUUGAAACCCCCAAUGAGCUAGAGAAGCUACAUGAUCAGGUGUCAUUAUCAAAGCCCCUAGAUAAUAUUGUGGUAAACCCCAUUGGUGCUGCUUCCCGUUGUGAAUGGAAAUCACACGAUGAAGCUCCAGCCCGCAUCUCUCCUGUUGAACAACUGUCUGUGAAGGCUCAGUCUGCUGAUGUGUCAGAGAGUCCUGCUCCAAGACUCACAGCCCAAGAACCAGAUACAAACUGGAUAAAAGCUCUAAAAGAAGCUGCAUCCCAGUCUCAGAGUGAACAAGUGAACACAGUGGAGACCACAAGACCCCUCCCAUCUCUGGAGUCUCCUCAACUUGAGUUUCUUACUCCGACUGAGGAGGUAGCUACUUCUUUGAGACAGGAGGAGAUCCCAUCACCGGAGCAGGCAGCAGAGAAGACAGCGGAGAUCCCACCUCCAACUCCUGUGAAAAAGCCAGUGGAUCUUCCUGAACCUUUAAAAAAGUCAGCAGAGCUCCCAGAACCAACACAGCGCACAGUAGAGUUUUCCAAACCAACACAGAGCACAAAAAUACAACCAACCAAGGCAGAAGAAGAGCCUCCAGAAGAACUUCCAGAAGCCCAGAGGGGAGCCAGUAACUUCUUCAGAAAAAGUAGAAGAGCCAGCACAGCUACUAGAACCAGCAAAAAGCACAGAAGAGUUCCCAGAACCAAAAAAAAAUGAAGAA